AUGGAAAGAAAUGGAGAUUACGAAGAAGAAGAAAAUAUUGAAGAUAAUAAUAAUAAUAAUAAUAAUAAUAAUAAUAAUAAUAAUAGCAAUGGCUUAUUAUCUUGGAAAUCUAUUGAUUCCCUUUCUAAUAACGACGUGGAUAGUUCAACUUGUUUGGGAAUACAAAUUGUAUCCAAACUUGAUACAUCAAUCAAGAUUUCAGAUGUUUAUGCAGUUGAGUUUAUCGAUUGGGGAUUAGUACAUAAAACUUUUCUCACAAAUCCCGGAUGCCUAUUGGGUCAUGCGUCUGAGAUGUAUCGUUUCACGGUGCAUGGGGUUGAAAGGUCAAAAUCUCAGCCUUCUAUUUGGGCCCCAGUGGUUUAUACAUUUGGUCAUGUGGAUAAGCAGACGUGUCAAAUGUGGGUAAACAGUAUGAACACUUAUCUAAGCAUGGAAACCGACCGACCUAAGAAACUUCUGGUUUAUGUUAAUCCAAGGAGUGGAAAAGGAAACGGCAGUCGAACAUGGGAAAGUGUAGCUCCAAUCUUCUCGCAAGCCAAAGUGAAAACAAAGGUUACUGUUACCGAAAAGGCCGGGCAUGCUUUUGAGGCCAUGGCUUUAAUGACAAAUCAAGAGCUUAGAUCAUAUGAUGGAAUUGUAGCUGUUGGUGGUGAUGGGUUUUUUAAUGAAAUUCUUAAUGGGACUCUCUUGUCAAGACAUAGAGCUCCAUAUCCACCUUCCCCUCCAGAUGAUGAUGAAACUGUUGAAACUGUGGAGCCUUUAGUUUCUACUGAUGAUGAGGCUCCACUACUCAAAAGGUCACGACUUGAUGAAUCACAAGCCAUAAAUCUCAAUCAAGAUUUUGAAAUGUCUUUUCCAAAUAAUCGAUUUCGAUUUGGGCUUAUUCCUUCUGGUUCCACUGAUGCUGUUGUAAUGUGUACAACUGGGGUCCGGGAUCCUAUGACAUCUACAUUGCAAAUUAUCUUGGGUAAAAGGGUAUGCCUUGAUAUAGCUCAAGUCGUGAGAUGGGAAACAUCACACAUAUCAAAAAACAAGCCUCAUGUACGAUAUGCAGCUUCGUUCGCUGGUUAUGGAUUCUAUGGAGAUGUCAUUACAGAGAGUGAAAAAUAUCGGUGGAUGGGGCCAAAACGAUAUGAUUAUGCAGGAACAAAAGUAUUCCUCAGGCACAGGUCAUACAAAGCGAAAGUAGCAUAUAUAAAAGCUGAUUCAAACAAAACGAACGUGGGUGCCAAUGCAAGAAGGAUUAAGGCUUUUUGGGGAUUAUCUAAGGAGCCGGAAAGACUGACUUGUCGGACCAAAUGUGAUGUUUGUAACAAUACAUCAAUAGAUAAAUCUGACCCGCAUCGAGAAUCAAAUUGGGUAAGAGUUAAAGGACAAUUUCUUAGCAUUGGGGCUGCUGUAAUCUCUUGUCGUAAUGAAAAAGCACCUGAUGGCUUGGUUGCUCAUGCACACCUUUCAGAUGGUUUCCUACAUCUUGUUUUGAUCAAAGAUUGCCCGCGUGCAUUUUAUCUAUGGCAUCUCAUGCAGUUAGCAAGAAAGGGUGGAACCCCUCUGAAUUUCGACUUUGUUGAACACCAUAAAACAACAACUUUCACAUUCACUUCUUCUGGAGAGGAAAGCGUGUGGAAUGUGGAUGGUGAGAUUCUUCAAGCGCAGAAACUUUCAGCACAAGUCUUUCGUGGCCUUAUUAGUUUGUUCGCUUCUGGCCCCGAAACAUAGGAAUCGACAAAUUAUAUCCCUGCUGUCUCAAAACCUUUCUCUUUCAACUUCUGAGUUUCUAUGUAUAUGUUUGUAAAUUGUUUAUUAAUGUAAAUACAGGAACAAACGUCAUACCCUGUAGUAGACCCUUUUUUUAAUACUACUUUGUAGAAUAUAUUAUUCAUUUUUGUGGCGAUCAUAACAAGAGUUUAUAAAAUUUGUUUAAGUUCUUUAUGGAAA